AUGUCGGCACGGCUGCUACAUGCACUCACGAAUGCAAGCUUGAGAUCACCGCAGCAGUCUUUGCAGAGCGUUCUUGGAUUUCACUCAUCCUCUUUCGCAGCAGCAGCACCGAAGUCAAGGGGCGGACCAGUAAAAUCAUCUUCUCGAGGACGAAAGAGCCCGAAAGGCCUUCCGAGGAAACAGUUCAAAUCUACCUCAAGAACACGUCUUGUUAAGUCUCUUAAGCCGACAAAUUCCUCUGGAAAAUAUGAGGUAGCAAAAGCAGAGGUCAAAUGGGCCGAAGUUCAGGAUAAUCAAGCUGCUGAACAGAAAUCUUCAAUCGACGAGCUACUCGACAAGGAAUUCGAUCGCUCGUCAACUGGAACAGACGAGAGACUCCCAGACUCAUUCUCUUCACCUCCCUUACUCCCCGCCCUUGCACAAUCAGUAGUAGACGUCCUCGGCCAAGAUGCGAAACCAACUCCAAUUCAAGCUCUUGCGCUAAAACAUCUUUUCUCACUAUCACAACAGAGCGAACGUUGCAAGGAAUUUCUUCUUGCGUCUGAGACCGGCUCUGGAAAAUCGUUCGCCUACCUCUUGCCUCUCCUUCAGUAUCUUAAGGAGACUGAGGACUCUGUGGUGAACCCUCCAUCCCGUCUGCCUAUCAACCCACGAGCGAUCGUCAUUGCGCCGACACACGAGUUGACGAGGCAACUGUCUGUUUUCGCUAAAUCACUCGUACACCACGCAAAACUCCGUAUACUUUGCGCUUCGCGCGCGAAUGCGCCGAAUACGCAUAGUGAUCGUUCCAGGAGCGCAGGGAGCGCACGGCAGAUGAAGCAUGUCAUCGAAUCUCUCGGUCAGGAUUCUGAAGUUGAAGGUGGAGAGUUACAUGUCCAUCCACAGAUGGUUGGAAACUCGCGACCUAUUGAUGUUCUCGUGAGCACUCCUGUGAAAGCGCUCGAGAUGGUGCGAGGGUGGGGAUGGGACAAGGUCGGAACUCCAGAAUCGGAAAGGGAGGGGCGAAAGUUCAGAGCGGGAAAGCCUGAGAUGGGUCUGAAAAGAGUGGAGUGUGUCGUCGUUGACGAAGCAGAUGUUCUUUUUGAUCCCGACUUCAGAGACACAACACUCAAUCUCCUAUCCGACAUCAGCAAAGCCCGUGGCCAUCCAAUCCCUACAGACUCACAACAACAACCUCAACCAAUCAUCUACCCAUUCCACCUCAUCCUCACAUCCGCAACCAUCCCCUCCUCACUCUCCACAUACCUCACUACCCACCACCCAUCCCUCACUCGACUCGCUUCUCCACACCUCCACCGCCUACCAUCCACACUCCACACCGAACACAUAGGUUGGACAGGUGGGAACCGCUUCGCUGACAUCGAGCGGCGUUUACGUCGUGUAUGGGCUGAAGACGCGUUACGUGGUCCGGAUGCGUCGACAGGUCGCAUCACGCGUUCUCGGGUCUUGAUAUUCUGCAAUCGAUCAACUUCCGUUGACGCGCUCGGUUCACAUCUCACCGAACAUGGGAUUCCUAACGUUACUCUUACGAGUACGGGUAUCGCACGUUUACGAGGCUCAAAUCGUCAUCUCUCCGGUUUCCUAAAAGGCAGCACGACAACAAACACUUCGAAGGACGGGAACAUUAACGAUAUGGAACAAGAUAAAAACUCUCCAUACGUACUAAUCACAACCUCCCUCCUCUCACGAGGCCUCGACUUCUCUCCAUCCGUCAAACACGUAUUCAUCGUCGACUCACCACGUAACAUGAUUGACUUCCUUCAUCGAGCCGGACGUUCAGGUCGGGCAGGGCAACGCGGAAAGGUAGUCGUGUUUGGGAAGUUGAAAGGGAGGGGAAGUGGUGUUGAUAUGGCUAUGAAGGGUAAGGUGAAGGCGUUGGCGAGGAAAUGA